AUGCAGUAUUCAAUCUUCUCCAUGCGAUUCGUUCCAAGCGAACUCGCCCGCCUUUACUGGCAGCCACAGCAACUCCGUCUCGUCGCCAAACCACCCUGGAAUGCUCCGUUCGAUACCACUACACUUCUUUCUUCUACUUCUUCCUCCGCCGCCUUGACAGGUGGCCUACUUGCACCGGACCCUUCUUUCCAUAACACUCCGGACUGGGACCUCUUCCCCCAUUCCGACUCACAAUAUCUUGGCGAUGGCACGCAGCUGCUUCCUGGCGUGCCUACUUCACUUUCGAUUGCGGAAGACAACAUGAACAUGCUUGCCAUGCCACCUGGCAUGGGCAAUAUCAACACUAUGAACACAUCUGCGCCAAUGACUAGAGGUAACGAAUACGCCACGCUUCUCAUUCUUCAGCAUCUAACCUACGUAGAUUACUCUCAGUCUGGUUCUUCCUCGACAAGCCACAAGGAUCAGAGCUCAUCAUCUCCUGAGCAAAUCUCGUCAUCCAAAUUGUCAUCCACAAAGAACAGCCCCAAGGAUCCAGAACCCUCCUGCCGAGUUGAGAAGCGAAAGGCGAACACCCUUGCUGCUCGUCGCUACCGCCAAAAGCGCGUCGAUCAAAUGAGUACCCUCGAGACCGAAUUAAAGGAAGUCAAAGCCGAGCGAGACGACCUUAAAGUCCGCAACGCCAGGUUGGAGGGAGAGGUCGAGACGCUUCGUGCCCUGCUCCGUUCUCAGAAGUAG